UUGACUAGAAAAUAUAGAGAUAUGAAAUACAACUACAAUUGGCUAAAGUUUCAAAAUGGGGACAAAGUACAGAUUCACAAGCCUCAGCAAAUUGACAUCAUAAAUUCACUACAACAGUCAACAAACGAUUGAAGGCUUGAAGCAGUUAUCCAACAGCCAGGACGAUCAAACCCAAAGACUUGUUCCCAUGGUAAUUAGUCUGACUUGGAAAACUACAAAAACAAAGGAGGAAGAGAUUGUAGUUUCUAUCAUUUUCUUUUGCACCAAACCAAACAGAGAGAAACAGAGAAAUUUCUCAUAAAGUCUCUCUCUCUCUCUCUCUCUGAGACCCAACACAAAGAAACAUCAAAGUAAAUGCAGUUUUCGUCCUCGAAAUCCAAGUUCCUCCGUACUAUAAACACCUCUCUCCAUCACCCCCACUCCACCGCCGUGAACAAAAGAGCAGCAGAGCAAACCUGCUUAGCUCUCCUCCAAUCCUGCGAUUCUAUUCCCAAACUCACCCAACUUCACACUCACAUCCUCAAACUGGGUCUCCACAACAACCCACUAGUCCUCACCAAAUUCACGUCCACAUCCUCCGAUCUCAACUCCAUUCACUACGCCUCGAGCCUUUUAUUCGCCUCCGAUGAUGCCAAUACUUCUCUCUACGAUGCGUUCCUUUUCAACACUGUCAUUAGAGCCUAUGCUCAAACUAGUAGUCAAUCCAAGCACAGUGCUUUUUGUUAUUACAAAUUCAUGUUGCAAUCUGGAGUUUUGCCCAAUAAAUUCACUUACCCAUUUGUCCUCAAGGCCUGUGCGGGUCUUGGAAGCUUGAAUUUAGGCAAACAGGUUCAUGGCUCAGUGUUGAAAAUCGGUUUUGAUACUGAUCUUCAUGUUCAAAACACUAUGGUUCAUAUGUAUUGUUGUUGUGGAGGAGGGCUUGAGUUUGCUCGGACAUUGUUCGAUGAAAUGCCCAAACCAGAUUCUGUGUCUUGGAGUGCCAUGAUUGGUGGGUAUGCUCGGUUGGGCAUGUCGAUCAAUGCGGUUGGAUUGUUUAGGGAAAUGCAGAUUUCUGGGGUUCGCCCUGAUGAGAUUACUAUGGUUUCGGUUCUGUCUGCUUGCACUGACUUAGGUGCAUUGGAGCUUGGGAAAUGGCUCGAGUCUUACAUUGACAAAGCAAAAGUUCAUAAAAGUUUGGAGCUUUGUAAUGCGCUCAUAAACAUGUUUGCAAAGUGCGGCGAUGUAGAUAAAGCAUUGAAUUUGUUCAGGGACACGAGUGAGAGGACCAUUGUUUCUUGGACUUCUGUGAUUGUUGGUAUGGCAAUGCACGGUCGUGGUUCGGAAGCUGUCACUUUGUUUGAGGAGAUGAGAGAGACCGGGACAGCCCCAGACGAUGUCGCCUUUAUUGGGUUGCUCUCUGCUUGUAGUCAUUCCGGGUUAGUCGAAGAAGGUUGGUACUAUUUUAAUUCAAUGACAAAAGAUUUUGGAAUUAUACCUAAGAUAGAGCACUAUGGCUGUAUGGUGGAUCUAUUAAGCAGGGCUGGACUCAUCAAAGAGGCUCUAGAAUUUGUUCAGAAAAUGCCCAUUGAACCGAACCCAAUCAUUUGGCGAGCCCUGAUUAUUGCUUGUCGUGUCCAUGGAGAGCUCAAACUUGGUGAAAGCAUCACCAAACAGCUGAUCAGAAAUGAGCCUAUGCAUGAAUCGAAUUAUGUAUUACUUUCAAAUAUUUAUGCAAAAAUGUUUCACUGGGAAAAGAAAACUGUGAUUAGAGAGGUGAUGGAGAAGAAGGGAAUGAGAAAGAUCCCCGGGAGCACUAUGAUUGAGCUAGAUAACGAAAUCUAUGAAUUUGUGGCGGGAGAUAAGACGCAUAAUCAGUACAAAGAGAUUUAUCAGAUGGUGGAUGAGAUGGGGAGGGAGAUGAAAAGGGCUGGAUAUCUUCCUACUACAUCAGAGGUGUUACUGGAUAUUGAUGAGGAAGAUAAAGAAGAUGCUUUGAAUAGGCACAGUGAAAAACUGGCUAUUGCAUUCGCACUUUUGAAGACGCCACCUGGAACUCCUAUUCGGAUUGUGAAGAAUUUGCGAGUUUGUGCAGAUUGUCAUUCUGCUACUAAGUUCAUUUCGAAGAUCUAUAAUCGUGAAAUAGUUGUCAGGGACAGAAAUCGGUUUCACCAUUUCAGUAAUGGGAUAUGCUCAUGCAAAGAUUUCUGGUGAUUACUUGAAAAUAGAUUCAUGAUCACUGAUUGGGAACUAGAGUUGGCUGCUGAUGGAGUUUCAUUCAUCAAAGAUUAUUUGAUCUUCACUGGGACAAGUUAUUGAACCUACUCGAUGGGAGCGAAAAACUAUAAAAUCCAAGAAACAUAUGGAACGUGCAAUUUGAGGCAACAAAGGUUUGUGCUCAUAUUGGUCAAUGGUUGAGAAUGAGAUUUGAGCUCUAUGAGAUCUAACCUUUAUUAUUUGACAAUUGCUGUUGUGGUUUUGGUACAACUUGCUCGUUUUUUAGAGGUUUGAUCUGAGCAGGGAUAGGAAUGCAAUAAUAGUCAGGUACUGGAAAUACUCUCAAACACAUGUUUUGUUUUUGUUUUUUUGUUUUUUUUAAGCCAGGGCUAGAUUUUUAUUUAUUUAUUUUUUCUGAAAAAUAAUUUGUAAAUUUAUAACUCUAUAACGAGAUUGAUUUGUGAUUUUUGAGGAGGGAAUUUUUAUAAAUUGGAGGUUAUUAGGCA